AAAAGUGUACGUGGGCCUCAUCUCGCCAGUCGACACUUGUAGCUGGUAGCAUUCGGAGUGGAAAAAUGAAUGCAACCAAGGAUUACCUAUUUAGCCCGCUGGUAUAUGGGUCAACACUUUCUGCUAUUGGAAUAUACUUUCUCAGGCAGUAUAUGCAGGGUGGCCAGUUUACAAAGCAAACGGAUGAGACUGGCAGAGUUGUGAUUGUGACCGGCUGUAACCAGGGAAUUGGCAAGGAGACCGUGCUGGAAUUGGCUCGCAGGGGAGCCACCAUAUAUAUGGCCUGUCGCGAUAUGAGAAAGUGCCAGCAGGCACGUCAGGAGAUCAUCAGGGCGACUAACAAUCACAAUGUUUUCGCGCGUGAACUGGAUCUGUGCUCCAUGAAGUCCAUAAGGAACUUCGCAGAUGGCUUCAAGCAAGAGCAAAAUAAACUUCACAUUCUUAUCAAUAACGCCGGCAUUAUGGACUGCCCCAAGAUGCUGACGGAGGAUGGUUUCGAAAUGCAAAUAGGUGUGAAUCACAUGGGUCACUUCCUGCUCACUCUUUUGCUCCUCGAUGUCCUGAAGAGUUCCGCCCCCAGUCGAAUUGUGGUCCUAUCCAGCAUUGCUCACCGAUUCGGUAGAAUUAAUCGAGAUGAUCUGAACAGCGAAAAGUCCUACGAUCGAAAGAUGGCUUAUUGUCAGAGCAAAUUGGCCAACAUCCUUUUCACCAGGGAGUUGUCAAAACGUCUGGAGGAAACUGGAGUCACGGUGAAUGCCUUACAUCCUGGUGUAGUGAACACGGAGCUUUUUCGAAAUACCCCAUUCUUGGGAUCGAAGAUUGGAAAAAUCGUAAUUGCACCUUUCAUUUGGAUUUUUAUAAAGACUGCCAGAAACGGAGCCCAGACGUCACUGUAUGCAGCUCUGGAUCCCAGUUUGGAAAACGUCUCAGGAAAAUAUUUCAGUGAUUGCAAGCCAAAGCAUGUUGGGUCUGCCGCCCAAUAUGAUGAUGAUGCCGAAUUUCUGUGGGCGGAGAGUGAGAAGUGGACGAACAUUAGUAUUUGACCGAACAAAUGAUGGCUUUAACUUUUGACCCUAAAUGAAAUUACAAUUUUUUUAAGAGGCAUAUACAUAUACCAUGAGUUUAAAGUCCUCUGCAGUUUUUAGCACCAACCUUAAACAUUGUUAAACCUAUUUUAGGAGGAUAUGUUUUCUUUUUUUGAUGGUUUUUUGUAACGCACGUGUUAUAAAUUUAUUAAGUACAAUUUUAAAUCAUUUGCUAUACUCAACAUGUAAACUAUAAUUUGUAAUAAAUUACAUUUAAAUAUAA